AUGAGCGGGCCCUCUGCUUCCAGGGACUGGUACCUGAAUGGGAACUACCUGGUGAUCCUGGUUUCCAUCACCAUUAUCCUGCCCCUGGCCCUCAUGAAGCAGCUGGGUAAUGCUGGCUCAGGUGGCUGGUGGUGCUGGGUGCUGACCGUCCCCAUGUCCACCCCACCCCAGGUCAUCUAUAAGAAGUUCCAGAUCCCCUGCCCACUCCCCGAGCAGGAGGGGAACCUCACGGGCAGCCUCAACGUCACUGCUGUCAGCACCAGCGACUACCAGAACGGCUACACCGUCCUCCAGGCCCCUGAGCAGGUCACCUGCACCCCCAGCUUCUUCACCCUGAACUCCCAGACAGCGUACACCAUCCCCAUCAUGGCCUUCGCCUUCGUCUGCCACCCUGAGGUCCUGCCCAUCUACACUGAGCUGAAGGACCCCUCCAAGAAGAAGAUGCAGUGCAUCUCCAACAUCUCCAUCGCCGUCAUGUACCUCAUGUACUUCUUGGCCGCCCUCUUUGGCUACCUCACGUUCUACGGCCGUGUGGAGUCGGAGCUGCUGCACACGUACAGCAAGGUGGACCCCUUUGACGUGCUGAUACUGUGCGUGCGGGUGGCCGUGCUGACAGCUGUCACCCUCACCGUCCCCAUUGUCCUCUUCCCGGUGCGCCGGGCCAUCCAGCAGAUGCUGUUUCAAGGGAAGGACUUCAGCUGGAUCCGCCACGUCACCAUCGCCGUGGUCCUGCUGACCUUCAUCAACCUUUUGGUCAUCUUUGCCCCCUCCAUCCUUGGCAUCUUCGGCUUGAUUG